AUGGGGUCCCACGGUGCUAGGCCCAAACUUUUGCUUCUUGGAAAGAUUGGACAGUAUGUGAACAUGACCAGCGACCUGGUCACAUCAACCGCAACUAACCGCGCCGAAUUCCUGCAAGAAUGUCGUGAUGGCAAACUCGAUGGCGUUGUUGCGACCUAUCGUACUUUCCAUUCCGCGAGUCUCACGGGCUUAGUGGAUGAAGAACUUGUCAAUGCUUUACCGAAGUCACUGAGAUACAUUGCUCAUUGUGGAGCUGGCUAUGACCAGAUUGAUGUCCAUGCCUGCAGCGCAAGAAACCCUCCGAUUCUUGUCUCAAACGUUCCUACCGCAGUAGAUGAUGCCACUGCUGACGUGAAUAUGUUUCUGAUCAUCGGUGCAUUGCGUAAUUUCAACAGUGGUAUGCACUUUUUACGUCAGGGUAAAUGGCGGGGUCAGCCAUCAACUCCCCUUGGUCAUGAUCCCGAGGGUAAGGUUUUGGGAAUUCUGGGGAUGGGUGGCAUUGGCCGUAACUUGAAGAAAAAGGCCGAGGCCUUUGGGAUGAAGGUCAUCUAUCAUAACCGCCGCCCAUUGACUGAAGAGCUUUCAGGAGGUGCUCAGUAUGUCACAUUUGACGAACUGCUAUCCACUAGCGAUGUGCUCAGUUUAAAUCUUCCAUUGAAUAAACACACUCGUCACAUUAUCGGCAAGGCUGAAUUUGCCAAGAUGAAGGAUGGUGUGGUUGUAGUGAACACUGCCCGCGGUGCUGUGAUGGACGAGGCUGCCCUUGUCGAGGCCUUGGAUAGCGGCAAGGUGUUAUCGGCUGGCCUUGAUGUCUUCGAGGAAGAGCCAAAGAUUCACCCUGGUCUCCUGAGAAACCCUAAUGUGAUGCUUGUUCCUCAUAUGGGAACUUGGACAAUUGAAACUAUAACUGCUAUGGAGGAAUGGGCCAUUGAGAAUGUUCGCGUCGCUCUAAAGACAGGAAAACUCAAGAGCCCCGUUGCAGAACAAGCUGAGAUGUCGUAA